GUCGAACGUCGGCGUACGCACGGACACGGUUACCAACUUUAAUGCAUUUGCUGCAAAGUAGCACUUGUUCGGAAAAAAAGAACAAAAAACGUCUUUGAACCUUUUAUUGCAAAACUCUGAUUAUACGCCACACAAACGCGUGUGUCAGUCACAGAGAGACUCUUAAUAAAGCUUUAUUUUGAUACACGUGAACACGUUUACUCAUUUUACAUGUUAAAAGUUUAAAGUUAAAUGUGAAAUGUCCUUUUGAUAAAGCCGAAUGACUUUUCUGCAGACGACAUCCAGGUCAGUGGCAGAUGAGGAAGUAGCGGUCUGACUGAAACAAAUGGACAGGAUAUGAGACUCGCAGCUCAUGAAAAUUUGUUUAUAACAGAGAUAACGCCGAAAACAAAUUCGGAUUGAUUGAGUGAAACACUGCCAAGUAUAAAGACCAACCCAAAAGACUUAUCGCCAUGACAACCUCAGCACCAAUCAGAUUACGUGUCUUCUCUCUCAACUGCUGGGGGAUCAGAUACCUCAGUAAGAACUGCAUAGAGCGAUUUGUUCUGAUCGGAGACCUGCUGAAUCAGGAACAGCUUGAUAUAGCGUUACUACAGGAGGUCUGGUGCGAGAAAGACUUCCUGUUUUUAAAGAAGAAUCUAGGCAGUGUCUAUCCGUAUUCACAUUAUUUUAAAAGUGGAUUUAUAGGGAGCGGAUUGGCCGUCUUUUCCAGACAUCGAAUCCAUGAUGCCUUUCUGUACAGAUACUCAUUAAAUGGAUAUCCAUACAUGGCACAACAUGGUGACUGGUUUGGUGGCAAGGCCGUCGGGAAGGUCUUGCUUAACAUCAGUGGGUUGACGGUUCAUGUCUUUGUAACUCAUCUGCAUGCAGAAUAUUGCAGAGAGAAAGAUUCGUAUCUCCCGCACCGAGUGGUUCAAGCCUGGGAGCUGCAGCAGUUCAUAAGGCAUACUAGUGCUGGAGCGGACGUGGUGAUUCUGGGUGGAGAUCUGAACAUGCACCCGGACGAUCACGGUACCAGACUGCUGAGAAACUACACUGGACUACUGGAUAGCUUCAGUGAGGCCGCCAAGUUUGACGGAUGUGAGGAAGGAUUCACCCAUAUAUCUGAAAACCCUUUCACACACACGGAUGGUCUCGUCCCAUUUGGGGGAGGAGUCCGGAUAGACUACAUCCUGUUCAAGGGAUCAGGGGAAGUAGAUGUGAGCUGUGAAUCUUUGUCCACCACUAAGGGUCCAGUUCCUGGACAGCCCUUUCCUUACUCUGACCAUGAAGCUCUCACUGCAGAGUUCCUGUUUAAGCCAUCUAAAAAGGGAAAUGGAUGCUCAGAGAGAGAAUUUGGCUGUAUUUCAGAUAAGCUUCCUGAGCUGAUCAACACAGUCAAUGAAGCUCGUACUGAAGUAAAGGUGGGUCUACACUGCUCUGAGCGCAUGCGCCACACCGCGGCACGUACAGGCAUCAUGGGUCUUGUCCUGUUAGUGCUUGAGCUAGCCAUCGCCGCUGUCCCAUUGUUUUCUCUGGGAGCUGAACAGCCCUUUCCUAAAGCCUCUUUCUACUUGCUUGGGGCGCUGUGCUUUGCCGUCCUCCUCUCUACACUGAUGCUGUACAUCUUCUAUAGCAUUGAGGUGAAGGCACUGCAAGGCACAGAGGACCAGAUGAGACUGGCACUAAGUAGCCUUCAGGAACGGAUUAAGGAGUCCCCCAAGGUUCUAUCCGCGGACCAUUUGCGAAAUCCACUAGACGGCAAGGAUUCUGUGCAUUUGUAGCCAGAUAGCUGAAUUAAAUGUGGUGUUUGGAUGGAAUUCUGAACUGAAACUUGAGAAGGAGACUGGGUCACUGUUUUAUGAUGUCUUAACUCAACUGUAUUCAGCUUUUUCACACUGUUUAAAGGUUUUGUUUUUUGUUUGUUUUGGCUAGACAUUAAGGAUAAUUAUUCUGGGAACAAAGAAACCAGGAAAUUAGAUGACAAGUUAGCAAAAUCAUUAAUUCCAUGACAGAUCUACUUCACUUUAGAACAGUUGCUCUCAACCAGGUGGCCUCAGCAAACUUCCAAGGAGGCUACAGGAUGACUUAUAAUAUACAUAUACGUACACACUGUGUGUGUGUAUAUAUAUAUAUAUAUAUAUAACAGUCAAACCAAAAUUUAUUCAGACACCUUGAACGUUUCAUUCAUUAUUACAGUUUAUUCACUGUAGUUUAAAAAAAUGGUAAUAAAAUAUGACAAGAUCUCAGAGUUAAACUGUGUCAGAAAAAAUUAAUCUUAAUUAUGUCAGAUAACACAUAAGCAAAACAUGGUCAGGUCAAAGUGUCUGAAUAAUUUUUGGUCCCAAAUUUUUAUGGUAGUCCACUGUAUGAAGAAUUUUUGGUUAUAAUAUGUCAUAGUUUACUUUAUUUUGCUAUCCUCACUUACAUAAAUGAACUAUAGUGUCCUGCACCCACUAGUAAAAAUAUAUCAAAAAUGUCUGAAUAAUUUUUGGUUUGAUUAUAUAUAUAUAUAUAUAAUUACUUAAAAUAAUUAAUAUAAUACAUGGGUAAUAUAAUUAAUGUUAUUAAUAAUAGGAAUAUUUUUAACCAUUUUUAAUGUAAAUUAAUGAUUAAUUUUAAUUAGAUAAUUAAAAUGCUAAAAAAAAAAACAUUAAAUCGUGAACUGAAAUCACAUUUCUUUUCUCCCUCCAUAACUAAUAAGUUGUUUUUAGCGAAAAACAUACAGUUCUUAAAACUUCUGCAAUCAUUAUAUAUGUGUGAAUGAAUGUAUGUACUGUAGGUAGGUUGAGAACCAGUACUUUAGAAGAAUGGACCACUGUCAAUCACAUAUGACAGCUCAUAAUCGCUUACUAAUUGAAUAUUCUUUUGUUCGUUAACCUUUGUAAAUGGAGACCUGCUGGGCAGGUGUUUCUGUCCUUUAUAUGUUAAGUGUUUCCAAUCACCAGCUUUUGAAGUUUGCAUUCAUUGUGAUUGUGUAUGGUUAUGUUCAUGAUAAGGCCAUUUUGGGAUACCAGGAACAACCUCAUAUCUUCAGCUAUUUUACAGUUUCUGUUUGGGGAAAUUCAAGUGGAGAAAGAUAAAAGCAUACAAUGCAUUAUCAUGAUGUUGUCAUUUUGUUUUGUCAAAUCACUCCAUAACUGUGUCUGUGAAGUUAUUUUCCUUUUGUUUAACAUGUCAACAACCUCAUUUAUCUCUAAUAUAACAGUUUUGUUACACAAGUCUACCUUUUAUAAAAAGAAUAAACAAUGCACAUCAAUUUUUCAGCAA